AUGCUCAACGACGAUGACCUUGAACAAGCGGCCAUCCAAUUGGCUCAGUUCCGUAUGAGCACCACGUUGCCUAAUAUACUGGACCGAUAUGCCGUCUUACUUGAGAAUUAUAAGCGCCUGAAGAGCGACUAUGAAGAAGAGCGUGAAGGUAGAGAAAGAUACAAGCAGCUGUCUAAAGGCCAAGGCGGGAACCCUUUUGUACUCAUCUUGGUGGACGGCGAUGCUUACGUCUUCCACGAAAGCUUAGUGAGCGACGGUGCUGAGGGUGGGAGAACUGCAGCACAACUCCUCACUGAGUCUAUCAUGGACAGCCUCAAGGCGAAAGACCUCGAGCACUGCCAGAUCAUGGUGCGGGUAUAUGCAGACAUUUCCGGCUUAUCCAAGACUCUCUACAAAGCACGCUUGGUAGGUCCCGAGAAGCGGUCUCUCGCUCCGUUUGUCGCCGGCUUCAACAGGUCUCAUGGGCUCUUCGACUUUGUCGACGUCGGGGAGUGGGAAGAGACGGCUGAUUUGAAGCUGCGUGCUGCCCUUAAUCUAUAUGCCACGAACCCGCAGUGCAAACACAUCUUUUUUGCGGGCUGCCACGAUAGCGGGUACAUUGCUGAUUUGACGACAUAUUCGGGCAUCAGAGACCGGUUCACGCUGGUGACCUCAUCUGAUAUCAAGUUUCAAGAUGAUUAUAAGGGAUUAGAUAUGGGAAUAGAGAAGAUUCCUGGCUUAUUUCAGCCAGUUCCAGCUCAGGAAUCUCCAGGUCACCAAUCACCUCGUUCCAGGUCUGGAUCCACCAAGGGCGCCUCCAGAGACUGGAGAGUAACGGCAACACCAAUAUGGGACGCUCAUUCUGGCUCACCAACAAAGAAGCAGCAGAAAUGCAAGUUUUAUCGGAGCGGAACGUGCAAAUACGGCAAUGAUUGCAAGAACUUACAUGUGGAACGAGAAUAG